ACAAAACUGAAAACCACUGUUGUCCAUGAAAGAUGUAGAGAUCCUAGAGACUGGGAACUGAUCAGGCAUUAUGGACAUCGAAGCAUAUUUUGAAAGAAUUGGUUAUAAGAACUCUAGGAACAAAUUGGACCUGGAAACAUUAACUGACAUUCUUCAGCACCAGAUCCAGGCCAUUCCCUUUGAGAACCUUAACAUCCACUGUGGGGAACCCAUGGAGUUGGGCUUGGAGGCUGUUUUUGAUCAACUUGUGAGGAAGAACCGGGGUGGGUGGUGUGGCCAGGUCAAUCAACUUCUGUACUGGGCUCUGACCACAAUGGGCUUUGAGACCACAAUGCUGGGAGGCUAUGUUUACAGCACUCCAGCUGACAAAUACAGCAGUGCCAUGAUUCACCUCCUGCUGAAGGUGACGGUGGGUGGCCGGAACUACAUAGUUGAUGCUGGGUUUGGACGCUCUUACCAGAUAUGGCAGCCUCUGGAGUUAAUUUCUGGGAAGGAUCAACCUCAGGUGCCUUGUAUCUUCUGCUUGACAGAAGAGGGAGGAACCUGGUACCUGGACCAAAUCAGAAGAGAACAGUACAUUCCAAACCAAGAAUUCCUUAAUUCUGAUCUCCUGGAAAAGAACAAGUACAGAAAGAUCUUCUCCUUUACGCUUGAACCUCAAACAAUUGAGGAUUUUGAGUCUGUUAAUGAAUACCUUCAGAUGUCUGCAGCAUCUGUGUUUACAAGCAAGUCAUUCUGUUCCUUGCAAACCCCAAAUGGGGUUCACUGUUUAGUGGGCUUCACCCUCACCUUUAGAAAAUUCAAUUAUAAGGACAAUAUGGAUCUGGUGGAGUUUAAGACACUGAAUGAAGAAGAAAUAGAAGAAGAGCUGAAAAAUAUAUUUAAUAUUUCCUUGGAGAGAAAGCUUGUGCCCAAACAUGGUGAUAAAUUUUUUACCAUUUAGAGGAAGGAGUAGAAAUGGUGUUCAGUAUUAUUUCAGGUACUGAAACUUCUUACCAUAAUAAAAUUCAAAUAAAUAUAAAAGUAGAGAGAAUAAAAUAACAAACCCCUAUUUAUCACCAAUUUUACCAACUAUCAACUGGCAGCCUCUCUCUUAAAUUUCCUUAGUGACCCCACAUGAUAUUAAAGAAAAUCUUAGCCAUCCAAUCAUUUUCAACCUUAAAAAUGUUAGCACAUGUAGUUAGAAAACAUUUAAAAGAAACAGA